AUGGGUGCUAAGAAGGGGAGACUAGAAAUUUCAGGGCCUUUAUUGCUGCUACAGUUAUGGUCUUGGUCCCAUUUGCCACUUGGUCGCCCUAAAGUUAUUUUUGAGAAGCCCAAAGAAGGAGAUGAACCUGACGAAGAAGAAGAUGAACACGAAGUACACUUGGAUUAUAACCCUGUUUUUGGAGCAAAGUGGUGUGCUGCACAUGCGUUUGAUGUCCCUCACAAUGCUGGUACUGAAUAUUAUAGAAAUCAAAUUGAUUUGAUUCCAGAAGGUGUAGUUGAUUGGCAACCAUAUGAUGAUCUUCUAGAGCAGAUGCCUUUCGAAGUUCAUCAAGAUUCUGAUUGGUGGUUUGCUAGAGUACCGCUCAUGCAUUUUUGGAUUGUGGAGUUCCACUAUCCACAUAAGGUGAUGCGGCAAUUUGGAUUAAGACAACCCAUUCCACCUUCUCUUCCACGUGGCGAGGCAGAGGUUUGGAGACUUCGAAAAAUUAAGCAUUUUGCAGGAAAAUCGAAUAAUUGGGAGUUAGUCCAUGCGAAUUAUGUUCAAGAAUACAAUCGUGUUGAAGCAAGAGUGUGGCCAGAGUACAUUCACUUUGAUGUAGCUAGUUUACCUGAGUAUAGACAUUGGUUCCAGCAAAAUGGUAUGUACACAAUAUUAUUUGACUCUCAAUGCUUAGGAGGCCUAAAUGAACCUAUCACAUAUCCUCGAGAUAGCAUCGAAUGA